AUGAUAAAAUUUUGUACAAACCAUAACUUAAAAAUAAUCUGGAUAAGACCAAAAGAUACAGCAAACAGUUUUCGUCUUCUAGAACAACAACACAUUAAAUCAGAAGCAGCCGAUAGGCGAAGACUACAAACACUACAAAAGAAAUAG